CUAAAAUAAGCACUUCCUGUGAAAAGUAAACAAUCACCUGACUGUGAGAAACUAUGCAAUUUCUUUACAAGACGGAAAGUUUUUGCCCUGACCAAAACAGCCGAUAAAAGCGAUGUGUCUGCUGUUCAUGUACACGGGGGAUGGUUCGGUCGGGUACAAACUGGUUUUGGCGAACAAUCGGGACGAAUUCUGGCCACGCCCCACUGACACGCUCAAAACCCGCGGAGAUCCCCAACAUCAGUGGAUUGGAGGUAUGGACCUGGAGCCCGGUCGGGAGGGGGGCACGUGGCUGGGGAUCUCGAGGACCGGUCGACUCGCCUGCCUUCUAAACAUCCUUGAACUACAAAGACCAGAAGCCCGCGGCAGAGGUGGUCUUGUGCGAGACUUUAUUACAUCGGACUUGACGGCAGACGACUAUUUGAAGAUGAUUGCGGAUAGUGGUGAACAAUACAACCCUUUUCAUCUAAUUGUUGCAGAUCUCAGCGAGGCGUGCCCGCGGCCCCGGUACAUUUCCUGUCGCCACGGUGAAACUCCUGUAGUGGUCCCCUAUGGAGAAGAAAUACUUAGUUGUGACAAUUCCACUCAUCUUGAACGGCCGUGGCGAAAAACGCAGGCGGGUAAAACUGCCUUUUCCAGUGUUUUGCACAAGUACAGGUCUCCUUCACAGAAAGAAGAGCUGGUCAAUGGACUCCUACAUCUGCUGAGUGACAAUAAUAAGCACUUCCCGGACGAGCGGUUGGCGGCGCAGUUCGCGGCCACAGGGAAAAAGACGGACGGCAGGUUGAUCGAGGAGCGAAGUGCGGUGAACGUUUUCUCACCGCACGUGAAGUACGGUACCAGAACAAACAGCGUGAUACUGGUGGACUCGGCAGGAAACUGUGAUUACACGGAACGGACACUGGAAAUGCCCGUUAAUGUGGAAAAUCCCGAAUGGACCACACUCAAACAUUCGUUCAGAAUUGAUCUGGGGUCAUGAAGUAUCCUGUUGUUAUAUCCGAAUGUGUUCAUGAUGUGAUAUAAUAAUAAGCUUUGUUUUAAAUUGUUUUAAAUACAUGGAUCUAAAUAAACGAGUUGAAGCACGA